UCGCGGCCGAGAGUGUGUUCCGGCAUUUAAGAAGAGCUGCUGGACGGAGAGUGCGAUUUAAAAAAGAAAGAAAGAAAGAAAGAAAGAAAGAAAGAAAGAAAAAAAAAAAAACAAGAGGUAGAGCAGAGACCGUCGAAAGUGCGAAGAGAUGGAUUUAACUCGGCUGCCGUCGCUCCUGCUGAUUUUCUGCUGCGUUUCCGCCGCAAAAGCCACAGGUGGGCCAAAGGGACGGGGGUUCUUCGGGGUUGUGGACCCUGAAAAUUCAGAACAAGUUGUUGUGGACAGCACAACAUCAGACACGCUGAAGAGUGAUCUCACCACAGUUUUUCUCCCAAUCGUUUACAUCAUCGUAUUUACGGUGGGACUUCCUGCCAACGGCAUGGCCUUAUGGGUUUUCCUCUUCAGGACCAAGAAGAAGCAUCCCUCCUCGAUCUACAUGGCCAACCUGGCUCUGGCCGACCUGCUCUUUGUCAUUUGGACGCCCCUAAAAAUCGCCUACCACCUGAACGGCAACCACUGGAUCUAUGGGGAACCGCUGUGCAAAGUCCUCGUGAGCUUCUUCUACGGGAACAUGUACUGCUCCAUUCUGUUCAUCACCUGCCUCAGCGUGCAGAGGUACUGGGUCGUGGCUCACCCUCUGUCCCAGCAGUGCAAGAACAACAAACUGGCCGUUGGUGUCUGUGUAGCCGUCUGGGCUCUCGUCUGGCUCAGCACCACGCCUCUGUACCUGUACAACCACACCGCCAAGCUCCGAGACCCCAACAUAACCACCUGCCACGAUGUCAACGUCAUAGCCGACCCCCAGAAUCCCUUCCCCUCUGUCCGGCUCCCGUACUACUACUUCACCUUUAUGGGUAUAGUAGUGUUCCUCGUCCCUUGUAUAGUGAUCGUCGUGGCCUACAUUCUGUUGCUCAGGGCUCUGGGGAACACCAUGGAGGAGAGCACGGCAGCAAAGAACCGGCAGAAAGCUGUGGUCCUGAUCGUGACCGUCCUGGUGACGUUCGUAGUGUGUUUCAUCCCCAGCAACAUCAUGCUGGUGAUACAUUACUCUCUACUGAAGGAUGGAGUGAUAAAUAACGGAUACGGCUUCUACAUCUCCACAUUAUGCCUGGCCAGCCUCAACAGCUGCCUGGACCCGUUCAUCUACUACUUUGUGUCCGCGGACUUCAGGAACCACGUGAAGAACACGUUGCUGUGCAGGAGCAGCAGGACUGUUGAGAGGAUGCGAGUUUCGUUCAGUUCCAUGAAGUACUCCAGGAAGAGCAAAUCAUACGUGUCAGAUGCCGGGAACACGCAGAGCAGCACCUGUUAGCCAGAUAAAGGAGAGAUGCCGCGCGCGCUGGGCCUGAAGCAGGGCAUCCUACAGGCUCUUUGGCACUGGGACACAGCAGAGUGGCCUGUAAUAAUGGACAUAAGGCCCGUCAGUUACAACCAGGUAACCUCAAAACAUGAGAUAACCAAAGAAGAACUUUAAAUGUGAAGAUGAACGUGCUGGGAUGAGAGCAUGUGACAUGUGACUUCAAUUUUGAGACAGUAAUACAUAUAUUCACUUUUCUUUAUGAAGAAACGGAGAGAAGGCCUGUUAAGGCCUGACAUUUAGUCCCCUUGGCUGCACAGAUAAACGUGGUCUCUCCCAAGAUUUUGACUGACUAGCUCGCUGUGCUGUAGACCAAGCAAACGAUAUCUGUAAGAAAACACCCACAUUAACCUGAUCUGUACAGAGGACUGGAGCAGGAGAUUAUAUCAGGUCUUGACUUGACUUGUGUUAUGUCUUAUAUCAACCUGGCUUUCAUCCAAUCAGUGAAAGAAAAGGUGUACUUUACAUUCAUUCCUGCCCUUUCUCCUGCCUGUUUGGCGCAUUCCUGCAGCAAGUUUUGAAUUUGUCAUUUGAAACCACUUGUGCUGAAGUGUUGAUUUUUUACUUUUGAAUUUUAAAGCGAUGAAGAAAAUUGCGGUCUUGUUAGACGGUUUCUUAAAUAAAUGAUAA